CGCAUCUCCCUCUCCACUCGCGUGCCAACAGUCACACAUUGUCAAUUAUUUCUCCCAAUACAUCUCAGCAGACCAAGAUAUUGCUCAACAACAUCAGGAUGAAUUGCAUCUCCCAAUCGUCCAGCACUGCCAGUGCUGAGUCUCCCAUCAGUGACACCAACAAGGAUAUAGUCCGGGGUGAUACGCCUACCCUAACCCUGCCGCCUUCUGGUACCCGCCCCUCCGUGGGGCCGGACCAGGCCGUAUAUGUCGGCUCGGCCCCACCAUACGCCGAACACGACCCGGCAGUGGUCAAGAACAGUUCCGAGACGCUGCCACCACCUUACGCCGAGUCGGAGCCGAGAUUCAUCGUCGGUGAUUCUAAAGAUCCUCUCGCUUGUGAUAUAGUGCGAGAUGGUGACUCGGUCCAUACCGGAGCCCUUGAGGAUUCGAGCUCGCUUCAAGUUGUGGCCUGUGAUCCGCACGUCGACGAUGGCACCGCUCGUCGCGACGUAACCAUCCUCAUUUUGAGACCUGUGUCAAUCCGUUGCACCACCAUUGGGACACCGGCAGCAAGAGAUCUCAACUUCCACGUCAAUGGCGUCUUGGCGCUCCGCUGGCGCCCGACAAGCAACUCCAUUCCUAUCGGCAUUGACUCCUCAACUUUUGAGUCAAACGGUCAAGCAUCUCUGGUCAAAAGGUGCCUCUGUCGAGUCCUGGACAGCUUGAAUGCCAAAAACGCUUGUCCUCGGUUCCACUAUGUCGACGAACCCUCUGACAGUGCCUUCUACAUCUCCUUCGGGGGUGAUGACCCCCGACGCUAUGCCUCCUCCUUCUUCCCAGGUUCACACCCCAAGGACUGGUACAUAUACGUCUAUAAGCUAGGGCUCACGCUGAGCAGGAAACAGAAACGGUUUCUGAAGGAAACCGUCGGUGAGGGUGGAGACAUCAAGGCUGCUAGGUUGAGAGCCCUCGAGCAGAACCUCACCAUAAUCCUGGCCCACGAGAUGCUUCACGUUAUCGGCAUCCGACACUGUGAUGCCCAUCGCACGGAAAAGGAGGUCCCCUGCGUACGGUACCCUCCUGGCCUGCCCAACAAAUACACCCGUGACCCCCUCAUGAAGUCCAAGCUAGGCUGGGAGGAUUUCUCCAGGCUUGCCUGGAAGCCUCGGACCAUCGAGGAGAUACGCAAGAUAUACUCCAUGGAAGAGGGUGAGAAGAUGGGGCGCUACACAAUUCAAGACGUGUCGUGGGAAGAUGGUGCGGGGGUGAGGAAGAUCAUGGCGUUGCACAAGGCCCGGUGCUGCGUGCCCAAGCCAUGAGGUGUUGUGGUGGGGCAUGUCGCGCGACGCUUCAUUGCUUGGUCUGGGAGCGGCGCAACGGGAGAACAGACCGGCCAGGUGAAGCGAUUAUUACUUACGGCAUUCAAGUGAAAGCCAUGUCGAUGCUGGUGAUAUGACAACACUUGUUUCUGUUGCUUGCUUUUUCUUUUGUGUCGGGGACUCCACGGAGCUGAUUUGAUAGACGCGGGCAGCUAGAGAUAAUUUCCUUUAAUACAAGGUUCUCCAGCAC